AUGACUGCCUCCAUCGCUCCCCAUGACGUCCAGCAGUUGCAGCUGGAUGCACACACGUUUGCACCCCUGAUAUUCGAAUCGUUCUCUCUUCCGGACACGAAUCAACGCACACUUGGCCAACCUCAUCCAAAGGGCACGGUCACGCCUCUUGCGCUCCAGCCCUCAUUAUUGGACGGUUCUCAAACAACUUUGGAAAUUGCAAUACAAACCGUGAAAGACCUCCAGGUAAAGGAAGGCUUGUUCACAAAGAAGCUCGCUCAGCAUGGGACUCUCUUGUUUCGGGGACUUCCCAUCCAGUCUGCAAACGACUUUAGCAAAUUUGCUCAUGCGUUUGGUUACUCACCCCAUGAGAUUAUCGGAAUUGUUGUAGACCGGCCUCUCCUCGCUCCCAAUGUCGCCCCAGCAAAUGAAGCUCCAAAAGAAGUUCUCAUCUACAACCAUAACGAAUCCCCUCAAGUACCUCACGCGCCCGAGUACAUCUUCUUCUACUGUCAUAGCGCUCCUAAGGAGGGUGGAGAAACACCGAUCUCGUCCUCAUUAGAGCUGCUCCAACGGGCCAAAGAAGAAAUCCCAGAGUUUGUCAGCGAUCUGGCAGAGAAAGGCAUCUUGAGCAAGGUGACUUACAAAGUCGAGCAGCAAUAUGUAGGAGGUUCUACUCUCAAGCAAGCGUUCGGCAAGGAUAUUGUGGACGGAGAUGACGCAGCGACUAGGAAGCGGAAGAUCGAAGAACAAAUAAGACGCUAUGGUAGGGGCGAGCACACAACCUGGGAAUGGGUGGACGAUGACCAGACCUUGAUACUGACGCACCACCUUCCUGCGUUGCGAACGCAUCCGCACACAAACCUUCCAACCCUUUUCACGGGCCUCGCAGCGUACUACAAGAACUUCGUUGAUGACGCAUCCCCCAACUCGCGUCGCAGGAACAUCACACAGCAGCUGUACGGCGACGGCACACCCAUUCCCGAGGAGUAUCUCAAGAAGCUGGCGGAUAUAACAGAUGAGAUCAGAGUGCUACACAAAUGGCAACAAGGUGACGUGUUGGUGUACGACAACGUGAUCUCGCAACAUGGCCGGCAACCUUGGGAAGGAAAGCAGGAAGACAGGGUCAUAUUGGCAAGUCUGUGGGAUGGAGACGCUGUCCCGGGGCAGUACGAAGGAAGUAAAGGUGAUUGGGCGCAAGUGGUUCAGGCCAGCGCGUGA